ACUGCUUUUCUAGUCGUCCUGCCGAGCCCCGACGUUCAUUCCAGGCAGACCCGCCAAAGCCAAAAGGACGCGAGCAAAUCGCGCUGCAGCUUUCAAAAGGACGAAGGAAAAUCCUCCAAGAAGAUCAAACUUGUCCACUCUAUCUUUCCGAUCACGAUGGAUAUUAAGAUGCUUAAUAGUUGGGCGUGUUUAUUGAUACUAUGUACCCUAAUUGCGCCGAGCAUUUCCUUGCCGACAAGCUUGAAAGGAGAUACGAAGAAAACGGAUCAAAUAACGAGAACAAAACCGAAACGUGCUCAGGAAACAUUGAUGUUCGGUAAUCAACAAAAUCGACAACCUGAGAAUAGAGGCAAUCCGUAUAUUUCAAGCGCAGAAAAAAGAGCAUUAAACGUGGCAGGGUUAGAUGCUUUAAAGGCAUCCCUCGCAAAAGAGAACAAGUUCUCCAAUCCAAAAUCUCCGAGAAAUUCUUUGGACGAGCGCGAAGUAUACAAUCCGUACGAUAAAAAUUACGAAUAUGGAAAGGUCAUCGUAACCGAAGAAGGUGAUGAAAUGCCGCAUGUAUGGGACGUAGCACCUUAUUCUCGUUAUUAUAUGAGCGACGAUCGGCGAAAACGAUCAGAAAAAUCAAUCCCAAGUAUUCGUACGACUACUAUUUCACCAACGAGUACGGGAUAUCAUAUGGCAUAUCAAACGCAAAACUCUCCGAUUCAGGCAAAGAAAAGCAUUCCUAUCUAUGCUGAACCACGUUAUAAACGUGAAGUGGAUAUUCACCCUGAACCUGCAUGGACUCUUUUAUCAAUGUGGGAGAAUGGACAUCGCAACAGAUAUGCGAACGAGGAAUACGAUAACGAAGAGGACACUGAUCCGAUGGAAGAAGAAGAUCCUAGAAAUGCUCUCGCUUGGAUGAAUGUUCCUGGAUAUUCCUCGUAUCGAUACGGUACAGAUACCCUCUCACCUUCUGAUAUCGGUAUCGUGCAUACUCAUCCCUCUGGUUAUUACGAGCAAUAUGAAAAUCAAUACGGGCAACAAUUAGAUAAUGGUGCGCAUCCUUAUGCCAAUCAGUAUGGCACUCUUUAUUCUCAAGACUCGUAUUAUCCCACGGAGAGAAAAUAUAUGGUUGCGAAGAAACGAGCACCGUUAUUGACUUAUUCUUUUCAGAGUUACGAUCCAUACGUUAACAUCGUUCCAUUACAAAUGGGUAUCCAACCACGUGGUUAUCCUCCUUAUCCGCAUCAUAUGGUUUAUUAAUUUAUUAACAUAAAUUAAUCAUACUUGGAAAAUUUUAUAUUUUAUCAGGAAUGUUGGAAAAAGAAAAAGAAAGUUUACAGAACUGUUGCGUGCAAGCUCUUUCAUUUGGGCAUAUUGUACGACACGUUUCUCAUAAACACUUCUCUUUAACUAUGUAAUCCUUUAUCGUGAAUGAGAAAGUGUCCGAGAGUCAAAGACUAUUCAUUUUCAAAAACACGGUGCUGGAAAAGACUUCUUUCAAUUUGCAAGAAUUUGCUGAAAUAAAAAUACCAUGGUUCCUUUAAUAAAUCAUGUUUGCGUGUAUAAUAUACUCACGCAUAGAUAGAAAUGUAUGUACGUAUGAAUUUUCUAUAUACUCUUAUUUUAUUUUGUUGUUGUUUUCUUUUUUCUUUCUUUUUUUUUUGUAAUUUCAUCAAUACAUUUGUUAACAAUUGAUCUUAUUAUUUUUGUUUACUUUCUCAAUUAAUCAAGAUUAUGUGUUAUAUUAUCAAUCGAGAGUUUAAUAAUUAUAUUAUACGUUAUGUUAAAGUUUUAUUCAAAAAUGUUUAUUUUAGCCCUCGUUUUCUAAUUCCAAUUUCGAUUUUUAUAUGAAGAAAAGACUGGUAUUACUUGCAUGAUAUACAAAUGUGAUCGUAGUUAGAAAGUUUUACUUGCCUAAGCACAUACGAGUAAAAUAAAAGAAGAAUGAAAAAGAUAUUUUUUUUCAGCACGUUCUUGCAACUUGUUAUUUAAAAUUAAUAAACUUCUUUCAAGUUCUCUUUAUCGAAUUUCCAUUGUUAUAAUACAAUCGACGAAUGAACAAUUAUAAAAUGAAAGGAAUUUAUUUUUGAAUUGUUUUCGUAAUCAGCCGAAUUAUGAUUAUAACAAAACUAUUACAUUUAUAACAUUAACAAAAUAUAUGAAUUUAAAUUCAGAUCAGAACCUCUUUGCAUAGCGAAGACGACAAUGAUUGCAAUUCAAAAAUAUUUCAUGCAUAUAUUUGACAUAAAACAUCAAUAUAUCUUUUAUUGAAUUGACACUCGUCGAUUGACGCACAAUUUCAAAGAAAUCAUUAUGUAUUUCGCAUACUCUACAAUAAUGCGACAUAUCAUCCUAUUUAUUAAAAAAAAAAAAAAAGAAUGCAGAUUAAUCGAAGGAAAUAUUUAUUGAAGUUUCUUAAAAGCAAAAAUAUAAAUAAAAAAUAUAUAUUGGAAAGACGUCGUUGUACGAAUGCAAUAAUCACAAGAUCUUAUGUUAAUUAUGUUAAAUCACUAUUAUAUUUAUCGACUAAUUUAAGAGAAAGCGAUAGCGAAAUAUUAAGUGUCCAUAGGGAUAAGACCGAGCAGUGUUUGAAAAUAUUUUUUCUCUAUAUGAAAAUACAACUCACAUGGCCUUCCAUAAUAAUGUAUACUCUGAGGAGACUGAAUAAUCGCUUUCUCGUUGGCCCGUUUCAAUACAAGAAAGAAAUUAAUUAGUUAAUUAAUUAAAGCGAUGACUCGAAAUACAAUAGCGCUGACUGACGAGAAACCAUAGCUUUUAAUGCUUUUGGUAAUCGUUUAGUAUAUUUACGAUUAGAUUUAUUUAGAAUAAGUAGAUAUGAUUAUGAAGAAAAAUAAUUCAGUAUUGCCAAGUAAUUAAUAUUAAAUAGAAAAGUGUUUAUUAGUAUAAAUUAAAUGAAAAAAAAAUUGAUCAACUGGAUUUGUUAUCUUCUACUUUUUUACUAAUAUUUUACAAAACUGCAGUAAAGGAUAUUAAUUAUGACAAAAGAACAAAACUAUCAGAAAGUUACUUGCUAUCGUUAAUUAUUUUUUUUCUUUCUCGAAAGCGGAUUGAGAUUUGAAUAUGGAAAAGAAAUUGCGAUCUUCACAUGCUUUCUCUUAGAUAACUCCUUAAUUUUAUAAUCUUAUCAUUGAAUAUAAAUUCGCUUAAUACGAUACGUAACUUUAUCAUCGGCAAUCAUGUUACUAUCUUAAUAUAUCGUCUCUCGUCUAUUUUGAUGUUGUGCAAAAUAAUACAGAUUACUUCAAUGUGAAAUAAAAUCUUGUUUUUCUUAAUGUAUAAUAUAUUUUCGAUAUAAACAAAAAUGAAAAUACUUGCACAUAAGAAUGAAAUAUUAUAAACUUUAUAUUUUCUUCUGUAUUAGAUGAAUAACUAAUCGUGAUUAUGAUAAGUAUUACUGAUUAUUCUAUAUUUUAUAAGUUGAUAAAUAUCAUGAUACAAUAUGCGAGUAAAUAAUUACAUAUUUAAAUUAAAUGUGUGAAAUGUUUUUUUUUUAUGCUGGAACUGGAAUCAUAAAGAUAUGUUUUCUAAAAAAAGAUAUAAAAGAUUCUAAUGAUUGUAACUAUAAUUAAAAUCAUAUAAUAAUACAUCUACAAUAUCUCGUUGUGCGCAUAUCUGUACUUUGUUGACAUCAGAUAAUGAUCUUACAUCCUUUAACGAACAUCCUUAAACUAAUAUUACAAUCGUUUUAAUUAUGCAAAACAUUAUAUUCAAUAUUUAAAAAAAUACAAUGAAUAAUUACACGGAA